UUUUCGUUUUACUAUCGCCGAUUCGCCGUAUUUGACUAUUCCCGUGUUUUCGAAUGCUUUCCUCACGUUUCUUCUAUUUUUUGGACCUAGCUCUUCUACUCCUACUAAUGGAGUCGGGGUGGAAUCCGUUAUUCCUCUUCAAGUUUUCCUACUCUACCCGCCAGGCGCCGGACCACAGAUUUCUCUCUCUCUUCGUUUGUUCCGGCUUUGCCCAAUCGACCUCCUUUUAGUCGAAAGCCGCCGCCCUUGCAUGCAUUAAAGAACCUUGACUCCCUGCUUGGUAUACCGGCUCUUGUGAAGUUCCUGAGAUCAAGCGACAGGUUUGACCUUUAUUGUGGUUUUUCGUCGUCUUUUGAUCCAGGACUUGCGUAGAGCUCACUUGUAUCUUCGAGAUUAAUGAGAGCCAGAAGGAACAAGUUGAGUUUAUUAGUACAGAUCGAUGGAUGUAGCUGGAGCUUUUGGGUAGCCUGCGCAUGGAAUGGAAGUCUUACUUGGUCAUGGGAUCGGGUAUUUUGACUUCGAGAAGGUGAGUAAAGUACGCAACCGCACAAGCCUAAAGAUCUAUCAAAAUUUGCCAAGUUUGGAGAUACUACAUUUUAAAAAUAUGCAGUUAAAAGGAGACUCUACAGAUGUUUACAGAGUCAGUGUUUCUAGUGCUCCCAGUUCUUCCAGUCAUGACUCAGGUCAGGAUGACAGUGAGGCAUAUGGGGAUGUAUACAUGUGGGGUCAGGUCAUUUGUGACUCUUCCCGAACUAACAUUGAUAGAAAUAUCAAUUUUUCUAUUGUAAGAAAGGAUAUUUUACUACCCAAGCCGCUGGAGUCAAACAUUGUUUUGGACGUUAAGCAUGUGGCCUGCGGGGUCAAACAUUCUGCUCUUGUUACAAGGCAGGGAGAAGUAUUUAUGUGGGGUGAAGAAUCUGGUGGUCUACUUGGUCAUGGUAAAGGAACAGAAGCUAUUUAUCCUUGUCUUGUUGAAUCUUUAUCAGCUGUUGAUAUUGAAUUCACUGCUUGUGGUGAAUUUCAUACUUGUGCUGUUUCUACAAGUGGGGAACUUUAUACUUGGGGCGAUAGUGCUCAUAAAGCAGGAUUACUUGGUCAUGGUACAAGUAUUAACCACUGGUUUCCUAAAAGAAUUUCUGGACCCUUGGAAGGGCUCCAAGUUUCUUCUGUCUCAUGUGGAACUUGGCACACAGCGUUGAUAACUGUGACAGGUCAGUUAUUUACAUUUGGCGAUGGCACUUUUGGUGCUCUGGGCCAUGGAGACAGAGAGAGCGUCUUUUAUCCAAGGGAAGUGGAGUCUUUGAUUGGUUUGAAAACAAGUGCUGUUUCAUGUGGGGUUUGGCAUACGGCUGCUGUCGUAGAGGUUAUUGUAACACAAUCUAGUGAAUCCUCUGGGAAAUUGUUUACGUGGGGUGAUGGGGACAAGUAUCGCCUUGGGCAUGGUGACAAGGAAUCACGCUUUAAACCUACCUGUGUGCCAUCAUUGAUUGAUUAUAUUUUUCUCAGGAUUGCAUGUGGUCAUAGCCUUACAGUUGGCUUGACAACUUCCGGCCAUGUUUUUACAAUGGGUAGCCCUGUUUAUGGACAACUUGGCAAUCCUCAUUCUGAUGGAAAACUUCCCUGUUUAGUUCAUGAUAACCUUGUCAAAGAGUUUGUUAAAGAGGUUGCCUGUGGUUCUUAUCAUGUUGCCGUUUUGACGUCCCGUAGUGAAGUUUACACAUGGGGUAAGGGAGCCAAUGGACGGCUGGGCCUUGGUGACCUUGAAGAUCGAGCAAUGCCUACAAUUGUUGAUGCGUUGAAGGAUAGACAAGUGAAACACAUUGCUUGUGGGGCAAAUUUCACAGCAGCUGUAUGUCAACAUAAAUCGGUUAGUAGUACCGAGCAAUCUCUAUGCACAGACUGUAGACAAGCUUUCGGAUUCACUCGAAAGAGGCAUAACUGUUACAAUUGUGGUCUUGUACAUUGCCACUCUUGCAGCUCAAGAAAAUCUUUGGGAGCUGCAUUGGCUCCUAACCCUGGAAAAGCUUACCGUGUUUGUGAUUCCUGUUACGUGAAAUUGAACAGAGUCACUGAAUCUGCUAAAUCUAAUGACAAAAGAAGUGCUUUACCUCGCUUUUUAGGAGAGAGCAAAAACCGCUCUAACAAAGCUGAUUUUAAAAAGUCCAAGGCUGUUUCUCCUAGCAAUUUGGAUUUACUUGCAAACCAGGAUACUAAGGCAGCUAAGCAAAGGAAGAAGACUGAUGCAUUUUCUUUGAUUGGCCCUCUACAACUUACACCACUCUCGCAACUCACAGAUUCUGCUUACUCUUUUUGGUUUGAUACGCAAUUAGAAAAUUCUAGAUUAACUUGCUUGUCAGAAGUUCAAUCCAUAAAUCAUUCACAUGCUGUUUCUCCAUUUUCUCAAAAUCAUAGCCCUCCAUACUUUGCUACACCCAUUCCUUCUACAUCUAGUCAUUUAUUCUCUGAAAGUAUUGCUGUUAGCCUGAAGAAAACAAAUGAACUUCUAAACCAAGAAGUUCAGAAGAUGCGAGGCCAGGUUGAUAACUUAAGACGUCGCUGUGAAAUUCAAGAAUAUGAGUUACAGAAGUCGGCAUCUGAAGUUCAAGAAGCCAGGGCACUUGCUGCAGAGGAAUUAGCAAAGUCUAGAGCUGCAAAAGAUGUCAUCAAAUCACUUACUCAACAGCUCAAGGAUAUGACAGAGAGGCUGCCUCAGGGCGCCCAUGAGGCAAGUGGUGACGACCAGAAUGGCGUUCACCCCGUUGAUUUAGCUGGAGUGCAGAAGUUGUUGAAUGAUACAAAUGUGUCACAAAUUCAUUCCGCUCCAAUUCAGCCUGGCUUUACAAAAGUAGUUUCAGGGCAGAAUUCUAUGUUGAAUGGUAUAAUUGAAGCUCCUGGAAUGAACAAAGAUGGUCGAAGUCCAACGGCUGCUGGCUUGAACAUGAAUUCCAAACAUAUUAGAAAUGGCGAAGCAUGCUUAUCUAAUUUUAGACCUGGUUACAUGGAUGGCAAAGAUACUAGGCCUUUUCAAAACGUGGAGAAUGGUUCAAAACACAGAAGUUCUACUUUUACAGAUAAGCAAGUUGAGGCAGAAUGGAGCGACCAAUAUGAACCUGGUGUGCAUUUAACUCUGAUAGCCCUCAGGGAUGGUUCUAGAGAGCUGAAACGGGUUCGCUUCAGCCGCAGUAGAUUUGGGGAGCAGCAAGCUGAAACAUGGUGGUCGGAGCACCGGCAUAAGGUCUAUGAGAAGUACAAUAUCCGAGUUUUGGAAAGGUCUUCAUUGGCACUCUCCCCACAAUCUGCUGGGUAAUUUAGUGGGAAAAAAGGCAAAAUUAGAUUGUGGAAUUCAGUGGCAACAAAUUUUGAGAGAAAUAGAGAGGUUGCAGGUAUCAUCAACAUCCUUAGCCUUUUGGGUAUGAAUUGAGGCUGGAAUUUUGUUGGGGAUCAGCUUCUGCUACUUCAUUUUAACAAUGGAGAUGGAUACUGCUCUAUAAGUUGUCCAACAAUGCAAUAUAUGAGGCCUUUUUUAUGCUUUUCAUUUAUUAAGUAUUUUAUUCUUUCCAUGCCCAUUGAAAUGUAUAUAAAAUCAAAAAAAUCU